AUGUUAAGGGCACACACCUUGCCACCCUCCCAUGCUAUUACUUCUUCAGACGCAGGUAAUAGGAACUCAAACGUUAAACUCCAUCUGCUUAAACAUUGUCGUUGUCUGAAGCUAGGGUUUUUAAGAGGGUUAGAAAUAGGUGCUUCAGACGAUAGUUAUGACGACCCAUUUGCUGGAAUUUAUGAGCCAUUUUCUGGGUUAACUGAGAUGGAUUUUGAGCUACAUGGGAUUUACAUGGAUCAUGAACCAUGGCAGGAGUUUGUAUCAAAGAUUGAUAAAUCACCUGUUGUUAAUGUUGUUCCUUUGGUGAAUGAGGUGAUACGAGAGGAUGCAAUUGAGGUGUCAGUGAAGGUUUCCCAAGAGCCAGUGCUAAUGGUUAAUGAGGUGAUAGAAGUUGAGGCAUUAGAUCCAAUUGUUAAUGAGGUUCCUUGGGUGAAUGAGGCUGAUGACAUUAUGGUGCUAGAAGAGGAAGAAGUUGAUGUUACAGUAAAGGUUGCCCAAGAUCUAAAAGAGAGUCUUGAUGAAGUUGGAGAUGAAAUUAAUCAAAUUCUUGGUUAUAGAAAUGCAUCAGAUGCAUCUGAUGUUCCAUUUGUUAAUGAUGGUGGUGCAGAACUUGAGUUCACUGAAGAACAUGCAUAA